AUGGAAAGCGCCUACCUUGAACGCGAUCCUUACAGCGCACCGCAACUUGAUACCUCCCGAGCCUCUGAAAAGAUCGUUGCGUCGCAAGUCUCGGAUAGUCAUACGCCAGUCGUCUUUGUUCCAGACAGCGAGAAGUUACCAGUUUCGAAUGCUGGGCAGAAUCGCCCACCCACAAAUACUGCCAAUGCCUCACCACCCCAAUCGUUAGGACUCACUGCGAAGAGAAAAUGGAUGAUAAUUGCUGGUGUCGUUUUGCUGGCCAUCAUUAUUGCUGCAGCGACAGCGGGUGGCGUUGUUGGGAGCAGGAACCGUAAUGCGCCAUCUCAAAGCUCUUCGCAUGCAACUUCCACAACGAAAGCAACCAGUCCAACUUCGACGAGCGGCGCUUCCACCAACAACACCGUCAAUGAUGCAUGGGCGUACAACGGAACUGGCAUCUUCGCCUUGUCAUUCAAUCCCACAUCAGCUGUUUCCGGUACCAACUAUGUUGUUUUCUAUCAACACUCAAAUGGAGAUCUUCGUCAAGUGGCGUAUAAUUACUCUCAAUGGCAUGACUCGGAGUACAUUACGGACGACGCUCGGCCCGGAAGCCCCAUUACAGCAUACUGGAGCGGAGACAAUUUCAACUAUAAUAUCUUCUACGCGGACAAGAACAACGUGUUGCAAGAGAGGCGAGGGCGGCAUGGCAGUAGCUCUUGGGUCAACGGUACAUUGGGUCAACUAAGCGUCACAGCGUCAGAUCCCAGCGACAUUUCAGUUGUCUUCUUCGGUACAUGUGACGUUGGGUUGAUUGCAGCCUGGCUUCUGUAUAAUCCCGCGGGUAGCGAAGAACUGGCAGUUCUGUACUGGAAUGCGGAUACAGAUACGUGGACCCAUGAAGAGAAGGUGUCCAAUGUGGACACCUAUGCGGGAUUUGCUGGUCAUGCUCUUAAUGGUGUAUGGCGGUAUUGGUACGUUGAUAAAUUAACAUCCGAGCUGAAAGAAAGGGUGUGUCCCGAUUGUUGUGGGAACUCAACCUCAGAAGGAUGGAGAGAUGAUCUUACUGGAGCCACUUUGGACUCUCCAAGUGGACUGUCCGUAACGGGAGUUGCCGAUCUUCGGUUACUUUACUACGGAGAUGAAAAGGGUGUUGUUAGGGAGUUGAACAAUACGGUAGACUUCCCGAAAGAGGCCUACGUUGCCAAUGUCUCAUCCCAGGCAGAUGGAGGGAAUUUCGGUACGCUGGUCUAUAACACGACCGACAGUAUGCCGUCUGGUAUGGCUGUCGCAACAGGAAUACCCGAUGGUCGGAAUAGCAUGGCCUCUGGAUCUAGAGGGACGCUGACCCAACUGUGGCUAUUUUAUCAAUCUGAUGAUCAUGAUAUCAGCGUGCAGACUCGUGAUAGCGGUGCUGCUGGAAACUGGACGCAACCUUCCUCGAUUCCUGUUGGUAUAAAUUAG